UGAGUUUUUAAAGCUGUAAAGAAUGAAAAGAUGUGUCUGUAUUGCCUUUCUAUCUGCCUCUAUGUCUGUCACACAUCACACAUGCCAACGACCCGUGUUAAUGAUUACAACGACAGACCGUUUUCUCAGUAGAAAAAAAGACAUUUCAAUGCGGUACUCCAUUUACAGUCAAUUCCGUAAAUAAAGAAAAAUGACCACAUUAUCGUUUCAUUUUAAAAUAUCUACAACUCAUUUCGAGUUUUACAAUCGGUUUCCUUUUCAUUAAUAUAUCGAUUCUAAAUUCAUUUUUAACGAACACGACCUGACGUUUUAGCUUUCUUAAAAUGUUAGAAAAAGGCAAUCUUACGUUACAAAAUUAUGGGGCAGAGACCUGCCAAGUAAUUACAAGAGAUACAGCAGCCGUUCAUGCAUGAGCUGCCAACACUGAGCUCCGGCCGCUUCCGGCCGCAUCCGAAAGGCUUCGGCGUCUCUGUCACCCGCCAUUGCGCUUCUUCUUCACAUCAAUCGACGUCACAAGGUUGAGGCUCUUGGGGGGACGGUGCGGCGCUCCUGGACGCUGCGGCCGGGGACAGCGUCGGUAGAUGCAUAUAGCCGAGGACUACACACCUUGGGAGAGUAACGGGACUCGGGCAGCGUCGCAUGGGGCUAUUGUGAGGGUCUGUGGGCGAAGAGGUGGGCAUGCCGCCAAAGCCGCUCUGGUCCUGGAACAUGAGACUAAGGGUGGGGCAGCCGAGGUAUUACCACCUCCACCAGUCAGUUAAUUGGCUGUAACGCUGUCUGUACUGGACUGAUCUGGACUGGAAAAGCCUGGAAUGAGCCAUCACAUAGGUAACAGAGUUCUUUCGGUGCCCCAUAUCUGCUGGAUUAGCUGUGCUCCUUGUACAUCCAGCUCUACUGAAAAGUGUGCUGUCUGGCUUAUUUAGCCUUUAACCUUCUUAUUUCCCUUUCUGAGUAAUAUUUUGUAAUUUUGUCAUCUCUAUUCUCUUUUGUCAUCUCUUCUCACUCGUGUCCUGAAUGUCACUGACUCAUGUUUUUACUACAUAAUUAAGAACAAAAUACCUCUUUUAACAUUUGAACCCCUUAACCACUUGCAACAUUUCAAAUCACUGUUAAAUCAUCCGUAUUUCUGGAAAAGCUCAGAUAUCAACCUGCCCGCUCUACCAUUUUCAAAUUCCUUCUAGGCACCAUGCUGUGUCUUGGUCGUAUGUUUGACUCCCCCUGCACCCUGGCUAUGUUGGUGGGCUUCCAGUUUGCCUUCGUGCUGUACUUCUCCCUGGGUGGGUUCCGUGGCCUCGUAUCCGUCCUGGUGCGAUCCUCCGAACCAGAGUUUGACUACUCACGUCCUCAUGACGUGUACACCAAUCUCAGCCUGAUCGGGGCCCUGCUGUCUGGAUACACUGGGGCCCCCGGGAAUACUCAACCCAGGAGAGACUGCCCUCUGCUUUCACCCUUGCUAGUGGGCCCUGUGUCUGUGCGUCUGUCUUCCCCUCUGUCCCUGGAUGAGAUUAGUGAGAAAAACCCCCUGGUGUUACCUGGGGGGCGCUAUAGUCCCCCCGACUGUGAGCCCCGUCACCACACAGCCAUUGUGGUCCCCUACCGGAACAGGCAGUCGCACCUACGUGCCCUGCUCUACCACCUGCAUCCCUUCCUACAGAGGCAGCAGCUUCAUUAUGGCAUCUAUGUGGUGCACCAGACAGGAAACUCAACAUUUAACCGUGCAAAACUGCUGAAUGUAGGGGUGCGUGAGGCCCUGAGAGAUGGGGAAUGGAGCUGUGUGUUUCUGCAUGAUGUUGACCUCCUGCCUGAGAAUGACCACAACACUUACACCUGUCACACCCAGCACCCCACGCACCUCUCUGUCGCCAUGGACAAAUUUGGAUACAGGUUGCCGUAUCCUCAGUAUUUUGGAGGGGUGUCUGCUGUAACGCCUGACCAGUACCUCAGAAUGAAUGGCUUCCCAAACCAGUACUGGGGAUGGGGUGGAGAGGAUGAUGACAUUGCAGCCAGAGUACGUCUGUCAGGGAUGAAGAUAGUUCGACCCCCGGUGACAGUUGGACAUUAUAAAAUGAUUAAGCACAAGGGUGACAAGGGCAACGAGGAGAACCCACACAGGUUUGAUCUCUUGAGUCGGACCAGGAGGAACUGGCGCUCCGAUGGCCUCAGCUCACUCACCUAUGAACUGCUUUCCAAAAAGCUGGAGCCACUGUACACUAACCUGUCGGUGAGCAUUGGUGGUGACCCGUACAAACCGUCCCAGAAAACCCAGCCAACAAAACAAAACAUGCCCACUCUAGCCAAAGCUGUAGAAAUGAAAGUCAAAGAGGAUACGGAUGGUGCUGCAAACGGAAGUCAAGGUCACCAGGCUGCGGUUAAUAUGACCAGUGAGGGGAAGAGGAGGCUCAAGUACAGUGUGGAUGGAGCCAAGGAUAAAGAACCUCUGGUUAGUCACGCAACAGCUCGGAUGACGUAGUAAGCAGGUCCUCACCAACUAGUUUUUUUUUCCUUCACCUUUUUGUCAAAGGCUGCUGAUACAUUGUCCCCAUUACUUUCAAAUUUGAAAAUAGUUAUUUACCUUGAUCCUCUUUGUGCCUUUCAGUUUUUGUGAACAAAAGUUUUAACUAAUUACCAGGACUAUUAUUUUAUUUCUUUUUCCUUCUGUGAACAAGUGGCAUAGCAGUCAUGACUUUCUUCAGUGGAUGUUUUGCCACCUUCCUGUGGUUUCUGUCCAUCCAACCACUGCUCAUCGUAUUGCUUUUUUUCCCCUUCAGUUAGUUUUAACCAACUUUAUGGACAUCAUGCUGAUAAUCUCGUUUUGUUCAGCUUUACCAAAAAAAAGUAGCUUUUGCUGAGUAUCUGAUUCACAAAAGAAUUUUCAUGGCAGCUUUUGCUGAGUUUUGCUGAGUAUUUUCAUGGGCAAAAAUUGCCGAAUACAGACUUCAACAAAAUUCUGACAUGGCAACAAAAUACUACCUGUCGAUAAAUUAUCUGGACUGGGGUACUGCAAACCAUCUGUACCAGUUCACCCAUUAGUAUACCUGCUAACACUCCUAUUUCUUGGGGGUUUCUCUUGUAUCUCCCGGCACCCACAGAUUUCAUUGUUUCUCCUGGGAAACUCCCAUAAUUUGUAUGGCCAUUGAACUUUAUUUUGAAUAAUUGUCAUAUACAUGGAUAAAUAAGUCUUGCAUAUUUGUCUGACAUUACCCAGGUUGCCAGAAUUUCAACCCAUCUAUCUCCGCAUCCUGGCAAUUCACAGCCUGAUUCAAGGGGUGUGUGCAGCUGCUGUUUGCGCAGACCAGCUGAAUGCUGAACGAAUUAUCUAGCUAACCUAGCUGAUGUCAGAAUGUCAGUGCAGGAUGGCACUCCACUGAAAAAACAGAUGCAUAUGCAAAGUUGGACUGAACAGUUUCCAUUUAUAUCUGCAAAUCACCAGGAUAGUGCCCGUGACAAUGAUGUUUUGUCAUAACAUAAAUAGAAGGAAUGUGGCAGGUAUGCAUUAGAUGAAAAGCAACAUCAGUCCUGGGAUAUUAUUGCCAAACCUGAUGGGAGGUUUUAAGUGUGAAUUUGUUUCUUGCAGGAAAAUAUAUAUAAUUCGUGUUUCAUGUACAUCCUUUUGGUACUUGGGUUGUAGUUCCUUGGAUAGGUGUAUCAUGUUUGGAGUUAGUCAAAUUACAAUAUGUAAAACAUUAAUCUAUCAAAUUAAGGAUUAUAAAGGAAUUGUUAAGCAUUUCACUUUUUACUUUAUUAGAUUUUAUAUGUGACUGAAGAAAUAUAGUUAUUUGUACUGUAAGGGCAGUAAAAUUGUGCAAUUUUUAAAGCAGCCAUUUACAGCUGAGAUUAAUGGUUGUAUAUCUUGAAUUAACUUAUUGAAUAAUCAUAUCAGUGGAAUGUUCAUUUCAUAGUUUUUUUUUUUUAGUGAUCAGUCUCAGUGCAGUACCAUAUUUAAGGUUUCUGUUCAGGGAAAGAAAUGAGAUUGCUGGAUAUUACUUGAAUAUGAUAAUACAGGCAAGAUGACAUAAAUCUGGUAUUACCAAAGUUAAUGAAUUGGUAAACUAAUUUGAACGCGCUAACUCACUAUUUCGUAGCUGCAGGCCAGUCACAGUGCCCAUGCUGACCCCUCUCCAAACGCCCCUACACUGGGCAUGCAACUGUCAAAACUGCGUCUCUAUGCAUUGUGUGUCAUGACACAUUAUUCCUAUGAUCAUCAUUGAAAUUGUGUGUCAUUUGUGCCACAGUGCCCUUUUGUAGCUGUGUACCACAUUGGAUAGCCUUUAUUUACAUCUCACAACGAUGAGUCUUGGCUGCCCAGCACCCUAUGUGGGGAUUGUGGUUUUUCCCUACUUGGACCACUCUCAGUAGUUACUCACCAUGGCUGACCGUGAGGUCCCCACAAGCCUUAAUGUUUCGGACAUACUCUGAUCAUAAUAAUGUGGCUCAUGUCAAGGUCACUCAUAUCUUUAUUUCUGCCCAUUUCUUUUGCAUUUAACAUUUCUACGACGAGUACUGAAUGUUAGCUUACUGUCCUUGAUAUGUACUGUUUUUACGAGACGAUCAAUAUUAUUCACUUAUUGGUGGUUGUAAGAUUUUGGCUCAUUGGUGUAUGUGCUCAUACACUGAAGCUUCAUUUCCUAUAAGACAAAAUUAAAUCCAAAUUGUUUGA